AUGGGGCUUCCGAUGUACCGUGAGCCCUCGCCGGCUGCGCCCAAGUGUGCCCUCAAGAACGACCCCUCUGCGCAUGCGCGCUCGUCUAUUCGCCGUCGAGGAGCAGUGCGACAGGUAUUCCCGCGCGCCGCUGGAAGCAGUGGUGGUGGUCCUCCACGCCCAUCUCUGCCUCGCGCUACCUUUCAUGAGGAUGCCCGGCACAACGACCAGGCUCAGGCUCAGCGCCAGAACCAGUCGCCAGACGACCUUGCCCUUCUGGAUGCUGCACGCAACGGCCCACUAGUGAGUGAUUAUGCCCGGCGCGAUGCCGGCUCUCGACUCUUGCGGGACGCUUUGAGGCAUGGCCAGCCAGGCCGCCGCCUUCGAAUACCGCGAGAAUCAUCCUUGCGAUUCGAAAUCCCAAGCCCGCCAUGGUCUAUGAACGAUUUUUUGAGCCGCGCGUCGUCGGGCGACGAUGCAAACGCUCCACAGAAUUCGGAUGGCCUCCCGUUCACUCCUAGAUUUGCACCCGCCUUUGCCUUUCGCCGCGAGAGUUCGGGUCAGGGUCAGCCACAGAGCGACGCCUACCAAUACUUACGACCCGAUGGCUCUGUCGAAGAGAGGACGAGAGAGACUAGAGCACGCCCUUCCCGCCCGAGAAGCCGCCGUGAGGAGGUUGACCAGCAACGCUCAGCCAUCGAUGGCCUAGGAGAUCGACUACGCAGUACGAGCCCGGAUGACGAACGGGACGAUGCCUGGGAGACUCUGCUCACCACUAUCACACCAGAUGCUAGUCUUCCUAGCACAGAUUCUUCCUUCACCUCUGCUGCAGCCUUGUCGGCAAACCCCACUCGAGCUCCUGGCUCGCCUCGGUCGGCUCCGUCUCAGCCAGCAUCACAAGGGCCCUCAGCUACAGUGCAUAUGAUUCUAGAGCCGUACCCGGAAUUUCUGAACCCGUGCGAUUUCCCGGACUAUACGACUGGAUCAGACACAGAGCCCGAGGCUGACUUUGAUUUGCGGGCUUCUGAAUCGCGCAAUCGCCACCGCCGCAGGUCUCUUUUGUUUGGGGUCGGGUCUACUCAAGAUAGCCAGCCGCCGAUUCCAAGACUGUCACGGACAUCGACACUUCCAUCUAUAUCCUCGUUGCUCUCCGACCCAUCUUCAGACGUGGACAUGAAUGCCAUCCUCGAUCGUUUGCUUCACAGAGAAGAUGUUCCUGACGAGUGGUGGGCAGCGGCCGGGCUGUCUCGCACCAUUGGCCGAAGACUUGAGCUUGGCAACGACUCGUCCAACCUCACAAACGACACUUCUGCUCGAGGGGCGGAUGAAACAUAG